AUGAUAAACCGACGUGACGAUCAAUCGGCAGGAAAUCCAACUUUAAAAAAAAAAAAAAAAUUUGCAAAAGUUUUUUUCUCAACGAGGUACAGCGCAGGUUACGAUCUUGCGGCGAGACGUAAAAAUGCAACGCGGGAAUCAACGGCAACAUUGAAAGCAUGGCUCAACGAACAUAAAAAAAAUCCGUAUCCGACCAAAGGUGAAAAAAUUAUGUUGGCAAUAAUAACGAAAAUGACUUUGACUCAAGUGUCGACGUGGUUUGCCAACGCAAGGCGAAGACUGAAAAAAGAAAAUAAAAUGACGUGGGAGCCGAAAAACAAAACGGAUGACGAUGACGAUGCCAUCGUAUCAGACACCGACGAUAAGGAUAAAGAUGAUUUAUCAUACGAUUCGGAAAAGGUUAAGGAUCGUUUGAGAGAGGUUGAUAAAGAGAAAUUAAUGGAUGAUAAACAAUUUUCUAAAUGUGUAUUUUCAAAAGGGUGA